AUGUCCUACAAGACAUUUUUAAGCGAAUUUCCAACAUUUAACGCUCAAUAUGCUAUUGAAUUACUUCAUUCACUGAACUCAACAUUCGAUAGUCAAUGUUCAACAAAUGAAAAUCUUCGAAAUAUCAUGCUCGAUUUGGCUAAACGAGACGAUAACUGUUUUUAUGAAACAGCAUUACGUGCUUAUAGACAACUUCAAAAUGAUAAAUCACAUGAUUUAACAACUAUUUUUAAUAAUAAAGAAUUCAAUGAUACGUACAAUUUCUGUAAGAAAGAACGAGAAAACUCCAACACAACCAAAUCGUAUAAAGUAGCCAAUGUUCAUGUCACUCCAACUUCAACAUGUAUUAUGCCACUGGAAGCGACCGGAGGACAUCGUGCUCUUCGACAUAAAGAUUUCAAUGGUGUUAAUGACUUUUGCCUUGUUUAUUUGAAACCAGAUUCUGGAGCUAAAUAUAUCAAGAAAUGCGAUCGUUACCAAAGAGUUUUUCAAUCAGGCAUUGAAAUCUGCAAUAAUCGUUAUCACGCUUUUGGUGCAUCCAAUUCACAAUUACGUGAAUCUAGUUAUUGGUUUAUAAGAGCAACAUCUCGCGAAGAAGCUCAUGAAAAACGACAAAAGUUUGGCGAUUUUAGUCGCAUCAAUAAUGUUGGCAAGUAUGUUGCACGAUUAGGUUUAUGGUUUAGUACGACUCAUUCAACUGGUAUUGAACUUACCUUCGUUCCGGAUCCAAAAGAAUUCAAUAACAGAGUUGAACAAGGAGAUCAAUGUGUAACAAUAAUAACUGACAUAGAACGAAACGGUUAUCUUUUUACAGAUGGAAACGGUUUAAUAUCCAAAGGUUUAGCAAGAAUAAUUGCUGAACGACUUGAUUAUCUUGUUAAAAGCGAACAGAAUGAACUGUAUCCAUCUGCCUAUCAAAUUCGAAUGGCUGGUUGUAAAGGUCUUGUUAUUAUUGAUCCAGAUUCUAACUUAAAUCAAUACUAUAUCAAAAUCCGUUCAUCAAUGAAUAAAAUUCCAUGCGAUGAUUGGAAUUUAGACAUAUGUGAAUCAAGUCAACCAAUUCCACAUUCACUUAACAAUCAAAUCAUCGUAUUACUUUCGGAUCUUGGCAUACCCGAUUCCGUAUUUCUUGAACUACAAGAUCAAUGGUUUACCAAUAAAGAUAAGGCACUGAGUAGUACAGAAAAACUUCUUAAAAAUAAGAUACCGUUACCUUUGAAUGAAUGUCGAUACAUGUUUGGUUGUGCAUUGGAAUCGACACUCGAACAAGGGCAAUGUUUUAUUCGGUAUCAAAUUCUUAAUGACGAUGGAAAACCAUUUGAGAUUCCAAAAUUUGAAACAGUUGUCGGACCAGUUAUUAUUACGAAAAACCCAUGUUCCUAUGCUGGUGACAUUAUAAAACUCGAGGCUGUCGAUAUAUCUGAACUUGCUUGUCUUCAAGAUGUGCUUGUCUUUUCGACGAAAGGCUAUCGACCAGAUUGUAGCAAAAUUGCUGGAUCCGAUCUUGAUGGUGAUCAAUAUUUUGUAUAUUGGGGUCGACAGCUGCAAAUUUCGGAAACAAUUACACCUCUUGAAUAUAAUACACUUUCGGCGAGUGUUUGUUCGACAUGUAUUACAUCGGAUGAUAUUAUAAAUUAUUGGCUAUCUUUGCUCGGCGCUACAAGUUAUGGUGAAAUUUUUAAUCUACACGCAAUUGUUGUCGAUAAAAACAAAGAGCACUAUCCAAAGCGAACAUGUCAACCAUUGGCUAUUGAAUUGGCGGACAUGUUCUCUGCUGCUAUCGAUUCCGGUAAAACAGGGUAUCAAAUAAAUAAAGAUCGCAUAAAAGAAAUUCGAAAGAUCGUUGGCUCGAAUUAUCCAGAUUUUCUAAUGAAAAAACCUUCAUAUCAAUCUCAAUCAAUUUUGGGUAUCCUUUAUCGUCGAGCAGAUGAUUUAAAAAAAGCGAAUUCAAAUUCAUCUGAAGAUCACGAAACGGAUUCAUCGAAAACUUCCUGUACUCAAGCAGAUGAAAGAAAUUUUCGAUUCUAUGUAAAAGUUCGUACUGCAUUAAAUGUUGAUCCAUACGUCAUUCAUCAAGAAUUACUUACAGUUUUUGAUACUAAAGUUCCAUCCAAAAUUUUAAUUGAAGCAUGGUGUGAUUAUUAUAAGAAAAAAAAUUCGACUACGAGCGGAUCCAUGGAAUCAUCAAUUCCUAGAUCCGUCGAAGACAUUGAUGAAGCUCAUUCACUAUGUAAUACAAGUCUUCAAAGUUCAACAACUACAACUAUGGGUUCCGAUACGAACGAAUAA